AUGUCGAGCAACAGAUCCACAGUGACGAUCGAGAGCAAUGGGGCGCAGCGUGAGGAACUACGUCCUGAAGAAAUGAGUAUUGAGCAGUUGAAGGAAGCCGCACGAGACCAUAUCAAGCUCAUCACCUACAUGAAAGAAGAUCCCGACCACGACCGGAUUAUCUUCCGGCGAUUCACACGGCUGAAUUUAUUCAAUAUUCUAACGCUCCAACGCCAGCUCGCAGAGUACGACUCUCAAGUGCGCGUUGAAGGCUUCCAUGCUUGCUUAGAAGGCGCGGUUGAGGUGGAUCCGAUUCGUUGCCCGACGGAAAUGUUGGUGUCGAUGUCACCAAAAAUCGAAGAACUGCUUGAAAGAUAUAAUAAAGCCCUGUUUGCAUACAAGCAGGUGUUGGAGAUGCCGCCGACCUCGCACACAGUGCUAAAAACGUUGAAAGAUAAAGCCGACAGCUUCGAACCGCUCAGGAACGAAUACCAUACGGAAGCAUGCUGGGACGACACGAUGGCCCUUGUUGAUCGGGAGAAAGGACUCAUUCACAAAUUUAUCGACAAGUUUAUCAACAAGUCGCUCGGACUUGGGAGAUUGUUUAAGCAUCGCCGGAGCUGGGGGCCAUCGGACAGUUCGGACCCGAGGUUCUUCAUAUACUCAGAGGCAAAGGUGCGGCGCGCAGAGCAUAUUAUAGUUGACUUUAUUAUCUGCUGUCUCCUGGUCGCUCCCAUCAUUCUAUUGUCGCGGCUCAAUAGUCAGACCGCAAAGCUCGUCGUGGUUUCUGUGUGCCUGCCGCUCGCAGCUGUCGCGUCACCUGUCCUGGCAGCUAAGUCUACUCAUACCAAUCUUGCAGUUCUGGCAGGCUACGCUGCGAUUCUCGUUGCAUUCAUAACCAAUGGCAAGCUGCAAAACGCUUGA